AGAGAGAGAGAGAGAGAGAGAGAGAGAGAGAGAGAGAGAGAGAGAGAGAGGUGCGCUUCGAGUGUGGCUAGUGACGUGAUUUUCAAAAACGCAUGACAGGAUCUCUUCACAUUUUCUUUUCUAUUGCUUUGCUGUGGAGUUUAACUGACGACCGGGGAGGUGGAACAAGCACUUUAUUCGAUGGACCAUCUUUUGACCGGAAGCCACCAGUACCCCAAACUGUCUUCUGCUCCAAAAGCGCCCACCCUGAUGUAGUGAAGCUGCAUCUGGUUCGAAGUGAAAAGCACUACAUCGGACGGAAAGCAGGUCACAGACAUCCAAAUAUGCGCGUUGGGGUGCCCUGGCGAAUCGUGCCUUUACUUCAUUCAGCAGCGUUGUCGUGAUGUUCAACACUUCAGGUAUUGAGCUCAAGAAGGAGGACAUUUCUGAAGUUAUCAAUGGCACCUGGCAGCUUUUUUACAACGUCCCGCAGAACAUCGGCCCCACAACCAUGCGGAAUGAGUCGUGCGGGGAGCAGCUGUUGAAUUUCAGGCGUCCGGCGAAGAUCAUCAUCGGAGUUAUGCUGGCCAUCAUCACAGCGGUCACCGUGAUGGGAAACACGCUGGUCGUGAUCGCGGUGUGCGUGGUGAAGAAAUUAAGGCAGCCUUCAAACUACCUCCUGGUGUCUUUAGCGGUGGCUGACCUUUCAGUGGCCAUCGUGGUGAUGCCAUUUGUUAUAGUGACUGACCUCACCGGUGGCAAGUGGCUUUUUGGCGAGGUCUUUUGCAACAUAUUCAUCAGCAUGGAUGUAAUGUGCUGCACUGCCUCCAUCAUGACCCUCUGUGUGAUCAGCGUGGACAGGUACCUGGGGAUUACGCGGCCCCUAACCUACCCAGCGCGACAAAAUGGUCAGCUGAUGGCAAAGAUGAUCUUGGGCGUGUGGUUGGUGUCAGCAUCCAUCACUUUGCCCCCCUUUUGUGGCUGGGCCAAAAAUGUCCACACAGCCGGCGUGUGCCUCAUCAGCCAAGACUUUGGCUACACCAUCUAUUCCACAGCCGUAGCCUUCUACAUCCCGAUGCUGGUAAUGCUGUUCAUGUAUUACAAAAUCUUCCGGGCAGCCCGCAAAAGUGGUGCCAAACACCGCUUCACCGACUUUUCUCGCCGAGAGCGCCUGGAAACAGUGACUAAUGAAGCGCUACGAAUGCAGGGCUUAAAGCCUCCUGGUAUGGCAGAGGAGUGCGUUUCCCUUUCCCGACUGCUGAACCGCGAAAGGAGAAACAUCUCCAUUUUCAAACGGGAGCAGAAAGCGGCCACAACUCUGGGGGUUAUUGUGGGGGUCUUCACUGUGUGUUGGCUGCCGUUCUUCAUCCUGUCCACUGCAAGGCCCUUUAUCUGUGGGGUAGUGUGCAGCUGUGUGCCCAUCUGGCUGGAGCGCACGCUGCUCUGGUUAGGUUAUGCUAACUCCCUAAUGAACCCCUUCAUCUAUGCCUUCUUCAAUCGAGACCUACGCUCCACUUAUCGUGACCUUCUUCGCUGCAGAUAUCGAAACAUCAACCGCCGUCUGUCAGCGGUGGGCGUACACGAGGCCCUCAAGGUUUAAGGAAGUUUUGCAGAAGACAUUGACUCACGGGGAGUGAGACGCGGCGGCCCUACGCUUGUACUGGUGUACCUCGUGGAUUGUGGCGUGUAUGCAGCAGGACUGUAGAUAAAACACAUUCUGACAGAAAGUGAGUCACUGUUGGUACGUCUCUGGUCCCACUGCAAGAGAGAGAGAGAGAGAGAGAGAGAGGCUGAGACUCACUUAUGCUAUUUUUGGAAAGAAAAUCAUUGAGUGAACUUUGUGAAAUAUUCAAGGUGACACUACUUUUGUGCAUUUUUUGUUGGGUGACACGAGCUGUGUUACACAAUCAAGCAUCUUGUGCUCUUCGGAGAUGAUGGAGGCUCAUCGAUUUAUGUAUACUGCAAAAAUUAUGUUCAAUAAGGAACCUUGGUCAAACGCAAGGUAUAAAAGUUCUUCUGUUGAACAAUUCCUGUGUAUUUUCCUGUGCACUUGUGUAUCCCCCGCAUCGCUUCUCUUGGAAGUCCUAGUUUCAAAGUGCUUGUAUCACUGAAUAAAUGAGAAAAAAAAUCAUGAAAAAUGUUUCACACUAUUUUAUACUGUGGUGAUUAAAGAUGACAUGGAUUAUACCAGUGAAAAAAAUGUAUAGUUGAUGGUGUGUGUUCGAAAGAUCUGUCGUGCGUGCUACUUUUAGAUUUUACAAUGUCAACAUAAGUGUUCCACGUUUCACACUCUCACCUACUUCAAUUGUCACAAAUCUGUUUUGAGUUUUUCCACGGCUGUUAUUUUUCACACCACGGUUGUCUUGCUGACCUUGAUAAAACAAGUAAACUUUUCACUAUGAUCCAGAGACUGCUCCAAUGGGAGUCAACAGUGUCCCUUACCUUUUUUUGUGAGAUGAACCGUCAUCAGGCAACACUGACCUUACAAGUCUGUGGUGACUCGUACAAACUUGUGUCACAUGACAUCAGUCAAAACAGUGUAUGCUGAUUCUACCUCGACUUUUGACAAUGCAGUUCAUUACCUCCAGGCAGAUGUGAUUCAAUAUAUAUUUUUUUGGUAAUCAAUAGCUCUUUUUCAAUCAUCUCUAACUGCUCCAAUUGCAAUUGCCUGCUUUCAACACUUUGACAUUAUGUUCAGUGGCAACUCAUCUACAGUUUUAAUUUUGUAAAUAAAGAAUUCCCUUCUUAAAA